UUGUCCCUCUGUGUGUGUCUAUGUCCUGAUCUCCUCUUCUUAUAAGGACACCAGUGCUAUGGGGUCAGGACCCACCCUAAUGACCUCAUUGUACCUUCAUCCCCUCUUUAAAGACCCCAUGUCCAAAUCCAGUCACAUCCUGAGGUCCUGGUGGUCAGGAUGCCAAGAUACGAAUUUUUGGGGGGAAUACAAUUUAGUCCAUGGCGGGGGAACCUCAGAGAAUAUAUCCCACUGCUUGACAACCAGGGGCCCUCUUAUCCCAGUGUAACGAGUAGGCUUUUAAAUAGCUAAUAUUAGCAGUUUUUGAAAAAUAAACUAAUAUUAAAUAUAUUCAAAGGACGCCACACUUCAACUCAUUACAGUCUCUCAUCAUAAACUAACAGCUCUUAGGAAGUGAUUCCUGAAUCUAUUUGGGGGAGACUUUUUUUAAAACUUGUUUUUCUAAAAAGACAUAUUAUAAAAAUAUGUAAAAUCCACUCUAGUGACCCAUUCCACCACCAACCCCAGGGACCCCACCGUGAAAAAGAGGAACCUUUUCCAUCCACGGCGGCUCUGCCCUCGGGCUCCGAGUUUCGUAACCUUUGUGCACUUAAUUACAUCUGCAGAUGACAAGUUACCGUUAGAGGCAGUCUGCCGCGUCCCUGGAGGGUUGGGGACUGUGUCUGUUGCAGGGCUGGUUGGGGGACAGACAGUAGGGUCACCAGCAGAGUGGGGAGCUGUCUUGUUCCUGUGUGGACCUUCCUCUGAAGGGGCAACCUCCCGUGCCCCGGAGUGAGGGUCCCCAGCACCCGGCUCAAACAAGCUGCAAGGGGCCUGCUCACCCAAGACCGCCACCCUCCCAGCAGCCACCAUCGGCCCCCCAACCCCCGGCUCCAGGAUGGACAUGAACGUGACGCGUCCGGACAACGCCACCCUCCUGAUGCUGCGGGACCCGGCCAUCGCGGUGGUCCUGCCGGUGGUGUACUCGCUGGUGGCCCUGAUAAGUAUCCCUGGCAACUUGUUCUCCCUGUGGGUGCUGUGCCGCCACAUCGGACCCAAGACACCCUCGGUCAUUUUCAUGAUCAACCUGAGCGUCACGGACCUGAUGCUGGCCUGCGUGCUGCCCUUCCAGAUCUACUACCACUGCAACGGCAACCACUGGGUGUUCGGCGAGCUGCUGUGCAACGUGGUGACCGUGGCCUUCUACGCGAACAUGUACUCCUCCAUCCUCACCAUGACCUGCAUCAGCGUGGACCGCUUCCUGGGCGUCGUGUACCCGCUGGCCUCCGCCCGCUGGCGCUGCCGCCGCUACGCCGUGGCUGCCUGCGCCGGCACGUGGCUCCUCCUUCUGGCCGCCCUGUCGCCGCUGGCGCGCACGGACCUCACCUACGCCGUGGAGGUGCUGGGCAUCGUCACGUGCUUCGACGUGCUCAAGUCCAGCAUGCUGCCCAGCGUGGCCAUGUGGGCGGUGUUCCUCCUCACCCUGUUCGUCGUGCUCUUCCUCGUUCCCUUCGUGGUCACCGUGGCCUGCUACACGGCCACCAUCCUCACGCUGCUGCGCUCGGCCGACCGCCACGGGGAGGCCCGGAGGUCCCGCGCCGUGUGCCUGGCGGCCGUGGUGCUUCUGGCCUUCGUCACCUGCUUCGCGCCCAACAACUUCGUGCUGCUGGUGCACGUGGUCAGUCGGCUCUUCUUCGGCCGCAGCUACUACCACGUGUACAAGCUCACGCUCUGCCUCAGCUGCCUCAACAACUGCCUGGACCCCUUCGUCUACUACUUCGCGUCCCGCGAGUUCCAGCUCCACAUGCGGCACUACCUGGGCUACAGGCCCCUGCCCACCGGCAGCCCUGAGGGGCACCUCGAGAGCCUCGGCUCCGGACGCACGCUGUCCGUGCGCUCCGUGGAGGGGCUGGACGCCGCCGGCCGGCCCAGCGUCAAGCGGCAGGAGAGCGUCUUCUGAGCCGGGCGCCCCUCGGGGGCGGGGGCGGGGGCGGGGCAGCCGGGAGAGGGCGGCGCGGUCCUUCCCCCGCCCUGCGACAAUCCACCCGCGGUCCCUCCGGGCACUGGGAUUUGGCCACGUGCCCGUGGACAGGCCACCUCGGGCCCCGUGCUCUGGGGGCCCAUGGGGCCCUGCGACAUCACCUGUUUCCCCCGACAUCACCUGGUUCCCCCCCGCCCCCCGGAGCCAAGCAAACACGGGGGCUCCCCGGCGGGGAUCAGGUUCUCCUUAAAUAUCCCCAAGCCACAGCCCCCAGACCGGAAGGUCGUCCGUCCCAGAGGUGUGGACCGAGGGUCUCUGGGCGGAUGACAAGUUUCUGAGUGUUCGCAGCUACAGCUGCACCUCCCUGACCCGCCUCGGGGUUCAGCUCGCCUCAGGGGCCCCCUCCGGCCCGUUCUCUGGCUCCGCCUCCGAGCUGAGAACCCCGGGCCACGGCAAGUCGUCCUGGGGGUCUGGAGAGGCUCCUGGCCUGACCCGUGGGAUCCUUGGAGGACCAGGGGAGAGCACUGACCACACGAGCCCGUAGCAGGUCUGCUCAGCACCUGGGACACACCUGUGCCAGCCCCACUACCUGGGCUGCUUUGGGAAGACAAGGGGCCCAGUCCCCGGACUGCCCAGGAUGCUAAACCAGCAGGUUCCCGGGAGGCCGGGAUUUGCCUGAAAGAACAAACUUUGGGGUGCUUUGCACAUCACGGGGAGAUGCACAGGACUGAGCUCAGGGCCCUCUUGGGAAAGGAAAACAGCCCUGCAGCCUAUAAGGUGAGACCUUGGAGGGGCCGGCAGGCGGGGGCUCAGGGACCUCCAGGGUGGCUUGGCCGUGGGGCAGGUGACGUCCCCUCCGUGGGGCAGAGAUGCGGAUGGGGGUUGUGAGCUGAUGUUCUGGAAGCACCUGGUCACAUUGGAAGAGAAGCAGACACGUACGCUGGGGUGAACGGUGUCUCGCCAAAGUCCAUGUCCGCUAGGAGCCGCAAAGUGUGACCUAUGGGAUCAGGGUGGCCCUACAUCCCAUGGCAGGGUCCUUCUAAGACACAGAAGAGGAGAGACCCAGACACACAGGAGAAGAACCGGGAAGACAGAGGCAGAGACGGGAGGGACGCGGCCACAAGCCCAGGGACGCCCGGAGCCCCCAGGAGCUGGAAGAGGCGGGAAGGACCCUCCCCUGGAGCCUCUGGAGGGGGCGCGGCCCUGGGACGCCCUGACCUCAGACGUCUGGUCUCCAGGAUGGGGGAAGAUGCAGGUCUGUCCGGGGUUUUAGCCUGCAGUUUAUGGGAACCUGUUAUGGCUGCCCUCAGCCGUCUGGUCUCCGGGCUGGGGGAGGGUGCAGUCUGUCCGGGGUUUUAGCCUGCAGUUUACGGGAACUUGUCACGGCUGCCCCAGGAGACACACACACUCUGAAAUUCUGAGGCUGAGCCUCUGGCUUCUGCUUGGGUGGCUGCAGGAGGGCCUAUGCCUGGUGCUGGCUCCCAGGGUGGGAUCCAGUCCCUCGGCUUGGAGGUGCAGCCUGGAGGGCCCCUUCACCGUCCUCCGCCCCAGGCCACGCAGCUGGGGCAUCUCCACAGAGGACGGUGUCCGAGCCAGUGUCUGUGUUUACAGGGAGCCGAGAGCCACCCUCGGGAGCCUCAGAGGGACAGCCGGACGUGCCCCUGGGGAAGGACUUGAGCCCAUGGGUGCAAGGGACGAGAAAAGGGCACGUGUCCAGGACCUGGAUGGUCCGUGCAUGGCGUGCUGUCCCCCCGCUCUUCCCGACUGUCCCAAAGGCGAACCCUAGAAAGCCAGGUCAAGGGAGCAACAGUCUGGGGGCGGAAACCCUGAGCCGGAGAGACAGUGGCACCCACGUCUGGGCGUGGGCCUCCAGCGUCUGAUGCUACAAAAGUGUGAAAAACCUCAAACCACCCUCACAGGACGUUUUUCUGCUGCUUUGUGAUUAGGCGUCAAAGUUUGAAUUCAGAGGAAGCCAGUCUAGGUAGUAAUACCCUCCCCCAGUGGCUGUCACGUCCCUCCAGCCUUUGGGUCCCAGAGGGCUGUGCCCCCCCUUAUUUGGUUGGCGGCCACUCAGCCAUCCAGGGC